AGUUAAUUUAGACGGUAUUCCAAUGCCAACGCCGAUUUGUAAUCGUACAUUCCAAAAGAUCGAAGUGCAAAAUCCGAAUAUAUCCAUCAAUGUAUGGGAAUGGAAGAACGAAACUGCAACACCAAAAGCAGUAAUCGCAAGCAAAAAUUUCUACAUUCCAGAUUCUUGUACAAUAGAGGGUUGUAUUCAUUCCAAUCCUAAUGAGUGUCAAAAGAAACGACCGCAUAUUAUCCAUCUAAUGGCGCUUAGUGAUACAACAAAGACAGAUGGUAAAUACGGAAUAAAAAACCAUUUUCUUUGGAUUAAAAACCCGGAUGCCUUAGUAUUCAAUGAUACGGCACAUCAUGGCAAAAAACAUCUCUGCAAUCGAUGUUUUCUAAGCUGGUCAUCUGAAAAAUCGUUAUUACAUCACCAAAAAUGGUGUUUUGGAUUAGGAGAAGCCCCACAAAAAGUUACAAUGCCGGAAAAAG